AUUUGACAGACCCGCCUUUCUUGGCCACGUGCGAUUGUUGCGAAAGUAACAACGGGCAUAAAGUUCUGAUUGUUCGGGGGUCAGGAAGCAGUAGGUCAGCAGAGGACAUCUCGAGUGGAACAGUGCUACAAUAAGAUGGCGGAGGCUGAGAAGAGUCCUGAGGUCAGUGCGGCUGCAGAGGAACCAGAAUCCAUGGAGCAGCAGAGCGUGAUGUCGCGGCUGGGGAACCUCCCCUUCGUCAGCUCGGCCUGCGGCAUGGUGUCCAGCGCCUACACCACCACCAAGGAGGGCGUGCCGCUGCUGAGAGGGGUGAUGGGCAUGGCCGAGAGCGGCGUCCAGAUGCUGGGCUCCGUGGCGACCUCCGGCUCCAAGCCGCUGCUGGACAGGCUGGAGCCCCAGAUUGCCGUGGUGAACGAGUAUGCCAUGAAGGGCCUGGACAAGGUGGAACAGAAUAUUCCAAUCCUCCAUCAGCCUGCUGACAAGGUGAUGUCGGACACCGUGGGUAAGGUGUACCAGUCCGUCUCCGGGGCUAAGGAGGCCGUUACCGGGGCGGUGAUGGGCGCCGUGGAGAUGACCCGCGCGGCGGUGAGCGGGGGCCUGAACACCGUCAUGGGGUCCCGUGUGGGCCAGAUGGUCAGCAGCGGGAUGGGCGUGGCCCUCUCCCACUCCGAAGACUGGGUGGAGCACAACCUGCCCCUGACCGAGAGGGAGCUCGCUGCCCUCGCGGAACCCGCGCCCGACGCUGAGGGUGUGGUCCAAUCAGCAGGGAGCUCCAGCCCCAGCAGCUACUUUGUGCGCCUGGGCAAGCUGUCCUCCAAGGUGCAGGAGCGCGCCCUGGAGCAGUCCCUGGCCAAGGCCCAGCGGGCCCGGGACGUCACCCGCUCGGCCGCGGCCCAAAUCGGCAGCACCCUGGACCUGCUGGAGGGCGCGCGGGCCACCCUGGCCACCGCCAACGCCCACCUGGGCGGGGCCUCGGAGCAGCUGCAGCAGCGCUGGGCCGAGUGGCAGCAGGCCCUGCCCAGGGAGAGGGAGGAGGAGAAGAAGGAGGGACAGGGAGGGGAGAAGAGCGAGGGGGACCAGGGAGAGCAGCUGGAGUGGCGGGCCCUCUCCAUGGUCCGGGGCCUCAGUGGGCAGGUGCAGGCCGCCUGCUCCGGGGUGGUGUCCAGCGCUCAGGGGCUCCCUGGAGCCGUGCAGGAGCAGCUGGCCAAUGCCCGUCAGGUGGCCCAGGAGCUGCACUCGUCCCUGGGCAACACCAGCACCCUCUCCCCCCACAUCCUGGAGCAGACUCGACUCCACCUGGCGCAGGUUCAGCGUUCUCUCGACGGCGUGACAGAAUACCUUCUCAACAACACCCCCCUCAACUGGCUGGUGGGGCCAUUUGCACCUCAAAUCACGGAAGGUGGGGAGGGGGAACCUGGAGAUAAGGACAUCCCUAAAAAUCAGUGAGCGGUAAAUGAGCACUGAAAGGAAAGAGGAAACAUGGUAACACUUCACAAUGAGGCCACAUGAUAUGCCAUUAACUAAUGUAGUUGUUGGCAUGAAUUCAUGAUGUAUAAAUACAUUAAGCAUGAAAUUCAGUUGGUAGUUUACAAAUACAUUAACUAUUAGUUAAUUAACUAUUAAUGUAUUUGGUACAUGAUUAUUUUAAACAUUAGCAAAACAUAGGGUAAAGUUAAAAUUAGUUAAUCAUUAUCAAUUGAAUUAACUGUUUUUUUUUUCCAACCCCAAUAAGAAUUGCCAUAAUCUAAUGUAGUUGUUAACAUGAAUUAAUGAUGUACAUUAACAAAGCUGUACAGAUUAACUUUUCGGUAGUUAGUAUUUAGCAACUACAUUAGUUAAUGCCAGGUCAUGUGACCUUAUUGUGAAGUGUUACUGGAAAAAUAUCUGAUGACUGCACAUCCUGUUCUUUUUCAACAAAGACUGUGUCAGCUUGAAUGUUCUGUAAUACGUUGCAUAUAAUUGUCUAAGAGGUAAUAUAAUAUGUACUUAUAAAAGUCUGCAAAAAUAGAUAUAAUAAAAAAUUUAAAAGGCUCAUAUUCAUUUUUCAGCAAUGUAGUUAUUUUUAUGAUAUAGGGUCUGUUGACGGCUGCAGAUACAGUAUGUGUAAACAUUGUCAUUAGUCAUUUGUGAAAUUGAAUAUUGCCAUUUUGUUUUUAAUGGAAAAAAGGAAUUCACUUGAACAGAGUUCAUACUCUCGCAGACAAAAACACAGCACAGGCUCGGGUUUAUCGUCAUUUGUCUAUUGUGUCUCAGCUCCAGAAGUAUUUAAGUCAGGAGUAAGUCAAAGCUUUUCUCUAUUAGUACUCUGGAAAUAAGCCUGUUGACAAUUGUAUGUGUGGUGUUUGCCUAUCUUUUACACUCCAACAGAUUGGCUGGGUGUUGUACUAUGUGCGUGUGUGUGUGUGCGCGCAUGAUCCCUGAUUUGAGGUAAUUUCUCACUGCUAUUAAUGUAAAAAGAGAAUGUAGUUUCCCUUACCUGAUGUGUUCACCUGUGAUUAAAGAAAUACCCUAAUUAAAACGGGUCAAAGCUUC